AUUAGUAUACUAUUGCACUUGUAAGAUACGGCCUUAACGCUGCAAACGUUUCGCAUGUCUGACAAUAAUUUAGUCGGCUUUGCUUAUUGCUAUUUCAAAUUCAAAUCUCCUUUUGACCGGAUCAUCAAGACAUCUGCAGUUAGAGGAUAUCUGGAUUGAGAAACAGGUUUUAAAAGAAAGGGAGAGGGAUAGGGGGAGACUGAGUGAGAGACAGAGACAGCGAGAGAGGGGGAGAGAGAGAGAGAGAAAGAGAGAGAGGCAAUGAGAUGUCGAUAUUUUCUGAAAUAUAUGAAAAAGGUUUAUUACAUUUUUUCCUCACAGUAUUAUAUUUCCGACCGAUCAUUUCAUAAUAGUGUUAAAGGAUACACGUGCUACUGAAUAUAUUUUGUAAAGGCGGUACAUCUCCUUUAUUGUAUAUUUUUAUUUGUACAACAUUACGCUCGAGCAUAAGAGAAAACAAACGAUAGCUGUUUGGGGGAAAUGUAAGCGGAUUUGAUUCAGCAGCAGUCGAAAAAGAGAUUAAGCCGACAGCAGUGCAAGUUAAAUUGCGCUGCCUCUAAAAAAUGGGCGGAUUGGUCUUUAGAUGAGAGAUUGGUACCACCUUCCAUUCUAAAAUAAAAUCUCCCUGGCAUGAAGUCACAGCCUAUUUCACAUCCGGUUUACCCAGGGACAUAAUACUAUUGUCUAGGUAAAGAAACGCUUUAUUUAGUCAAAUUCCUUGUAUUUGGAGUAGAUUUUACGGUUAGAUUACCAAUUUGCAAAGAGACCAAGGGAGAGCUGCGCUCCCCACACCGAGGAAUACUAAACCGGACCCGAGCAAUACUCAGCGUCUCCAGCCUCUGCAACACGAGCCUCCAGAUCAAAUUCAUCUCAACACUAAUCCACCAGGAUAUUUCAUUCGCAUCCUUUCUCCGCUCUGAAUAUUUUGCCGAAAAAGAAAACCGCAGAAGGGAAAAUUUUACAGUUUCAUGGUAUCAGACCCAGCAAUGACGAGAGCUGCAUUUAUCAUCAGCUGCACGUGGGCAAGCCUUCUGAUAGUCAAUGUCCUCUGUGGAAAAAGUGGACAGAAAUCAAAUGUGGAGGAAAUGGUAGACAACACUACAGUAUUCACAAAGAUUCUGGACAGCUUGUUGGAUGGCUAUGACAAUCGACUUAGACCUGGGCUGGGAGAGCGUGUAACAGAAGUGAAGACCGAUAUCUUUGUUACGAGUUUUGGUCCCGUUUCAGAUCACGACAUGGAAUAUACAAUAGAUGUUUUCUUUCGACAAAGCUGGAAAGAUGAACGAUUGAAAUUCACAGGGCCUAUGACUGUUCUUCGCCUAAAUAAUCUAAUGGCCAGUAAAAUAUGGACACCAGACACAUUUUUCCACAAUGGUAAAAAGUCAGUGGCUCACAAUAUGACCAUGCCAAAUAAGCUAUUGCGAAUUACUGAAGAUGGUACACUUCUUUAUACAAUGAGAUUAACUGUAAGGGCUGAAUGUCCCAUGCAUUUAGAAGAUUUUCCUAUGGAUGCCCAUGCUUGUCCUCUGAAGUUUGGCAGUUAUGCUUACACUCGUGCUGAAGUGGUGUAUGAAUGGACUAGGGGGGCAGCUCAGUCUGUAGUUGUAGCAGAAGAUGGCUCACGAUUAAAUCAGUAUGACUUACUGGGACAAACAGUUGACUCUGGCAUUGUCCAAUCAAGCACAGGAGAAUAUGUUGUCAUGACCACACAUUUUCAUUUAAAGAGGAAGAUUGGUUACUUUGUCAUUCAGACAUACCUGCCCUGUAUAAUGACAGUGAUAUUGUCACAGGUGUCAUUUUGGCUCAAUAGAGAAUCUGUUCCUGCAAGAACCGUUUUUGGAGUCACAACUGUACUGACCAUGACCACCCUGAGUAUCAGUGCUAGGAACUCUCUGCCUAAGGUGGCCUAUGCUACAGCUAUGGAUUGGUUCAUUGCAGUGUGUUACGCUUUUGUGUUCUCUGCUCUUAUUGAGUUUGCAACAGUAAAUUACUUCACAAAGCGAAGCUAUGCCUGGGAUGGGAAAAGCGUUGUUCCUGAAAAGCCAAAGAAGAAAAAAGAAUCACUCAUAAAGAAGAAUAACACAUAUGCUCCAACAGCAACAAACUAUGCCCCAAAUAUUGCCAGAGACCCAGGUUUGGCAACAAUUGCAAAAAGCGCUCCUCCCCCUGAUGCUAAAGAUGAACCCAAACCCAAACCUCCUGAGGCCAAAAAAACCUUUAACAGUGUGAGCAAAAUCGACCGGAUGUCCCGAAUAGCUUUCCCACUACUUUUUGGAACCUUCAACCUGGUCUACUGGGCAACAUAUUUAAACAGGGAGCCGCAGAUCAAAGGCUUAUUUCAACCUCACUAAGUUCACUUGUUUUAUGAAUGUCCAUUUAAAACAAAGAUAUGUUGACUUUUUAAGGAUGGUCCAGUUACUUGCUGCAUUGCUUCUGCCAUUGAAUUAUUAAUAAUAAAAAUAUUAACUAAAGUUUAUCUUCAGCAUUUAAAGGAGGAAUGGCACCCUCAGAAACAUUAAGCAAUGUGGUUAAGAUCCUAAAGAGGUUGUUAGGAAAGGUGUGCUGUUACUCUUAAAUUAUGCUAUCAUAGUAUAUAUUAAAGAGAAUAUUAAUCUACUUGUGCACACAACCUAACUAAUAUUAAGGAUUUUGUUGGUAUUGUUUUGCAUUUUUGCAUUGGACCAUUAACUUUUUAACACAUUUUAUUGGAAAAAAAACUAACGUGCGGUAGAUAUUUGCAUGGACUGGGAUUUUUUUUUUCCAUUUAAUAUGUUAACAUUUUGGCUAGAAUGCCUAAAAAUGUCUGAUUUUUCAAUUCACAAAGCAUAGCUGAGUCAAGAAGUCAUAGAUUCUUCCAAAAUGCUAGAGAAACAGAGCUGCUUUUAUUUUACAUCUUUUUUUCCCUUUACAUCACUCAAGAUAGGGAUUCUGCAAUAGCAAUAAAUACAUGUCUCAGCGGAUACAUUUUAUUUCCGUCAGUAUUUAAAAAAAUAUAUAUAUAUAUAUAUAAAUGUUUUGUUUUAUCUUUACAGCAUUAUUCCUAUUGUUUGAUUGUAAAUAUUCUCUAGCAUUACUAAUGCUAAAAUUGAGUAAAGCUUUGCAAACUGUAAUGAAGCAGUAUAAAUA